UUGAACGUUUAUAUUAUUCAUUUAUUGUUAAUUAUAAUGUAUAAUAGUUAAAUUUGAGGCCAACCUUGGAAUAUUUAAAGUGCAUGAGGGUAUAUGGGUAAAAUGUCAUCAAUGAUUUAUGCCAUAUUCCAAAUCUCACAUCAACAUGUGAGAUUUAUAAGUCCGUGGGGUCCACGGAUUUGGACCCUUAAAAUUCGUGGUCCCACGGAUUUGAUCUUCAAAAAAGGUGCAAGCAAACAACGGAUUGUACCUAAAUCCUUGAUAGUUGGUUUUUUGGUACCAAAUCCAUGUACCAAAUCCUUGAAGCAAAGGACACUUAGUUUUUAGUGGCUCUCACGGUCUCACCCCUUCUCUCUCAGUUUUGAUCCAAUUGGAAGAACCUGAAAUGGAGAGAAAAAAUCAUGGAGGAAGACAGAAAUGAAAGAGCUGUGCUUUUGGUAAUGGCCAUAAUAAGGCUCUUCGUUUCUCUCAAAGAAUCUGUCUUCAGCUAGCACUCUUUGCUCCCUACUAGUUUCAAGUUUUUGGCCGGAAACCCAGGUGGGUUUCUGACUACACCCCCUACACUCCAUCCCACUCCUUCCCUUGAUUUUGCUUUCUGGGUUCCGUUCAUUUCUAGCAUGUAUUCCUUCUUCGAUAUAUGUAAUGUUUGUCUCUUUGGGUUUAGAUUGGACUGUAGCUUUGCUUUUGCAUCGUUUUUGUCGGUUUACUUCAGUGUUCUUUCAGCUGGCUGUUCGAUUCUCCCUGUGAAUCUGUUAGUUGAAAACAUUGAUCCGUUGCUGAUUUGAUGGAUACUUCUGGGCUCUGGCAGAUUGUCAUCAGGCGUUCUUGUUAGAGUUCCUCCCUCCGUUGUAGAGCUUUGAUGCCCACUUGGUUUGUGUGUGAGUUUGCUCUAGUCGCCCAAUCUUUGUGGUGGUUGGUCUUUGAUUCUGCUUCUUCGUCUUCUUUUCAUUUGCUCGAACUUCUAUGCCUGUAUACAUGGUGUUUGACUUUGCUAUAUAUGAUCAAUGUUUACUAUUACCUUCCUAGCUCUAGUAUAUAGUACCUUGAUUCUCAGAAGCAGGGAUUCAUACUUCAGCAAUUGCAGAUUAUAAUGUUGUGGUCAUGUGGAUUGAAAGAUAUUAGAGUGUUUGGGGAAUAUAGAUUUUCUUUGUCUGGGGAGAGUGUGUAUUCAGGAGGAGGGAUUAGAGAAUCUUCGCUUUUAGCUUACUGGUCUUGUGGAAUCACUUGGGCUAUCCUGAAUAGUGAAGUGAUUGUGUAUUUGCUCAAUGAAAUAAUCUGUCAACUCUUUUCUGAGAGGAUAUCCAUAUACUUCAUUGAAGGCUAAGACAGCUUUAUAAUGAUAUUUUGCUCUUCCUCUCCUCCUUCAAUGUUUCAUUGCUAGAUGAUUCAUGUUUACAUUUUAGGGGCUUGAUAUUUCUUUUGAUGAUUGGAACUUCAUAUUUAUGUAUGAUUCACAUUUAACUACUGCAGUGGAGGUGGCUGGUAUUGUGUUGGGAUGGCAUAGAGGAGCUCUUACCCAUAUUCAUUAGGAGAACAGAUCUCCAUAUAAACGGGUAUGCAUAUACAAUACUAAUGGCUGAUUCUGAUUCAGGGUCUCACUUCCAAUCGUAUGUUCCGGGCCUCAAAACAAGCAGUUCAUUCUUCAACCUUCCCAGUUUCUGUAUAGGGUUUAGUUUGAAAGGUUUAUCAGAAUCUGACUCUGCUAGAAGCCCGACAUCUCCUCUUGAUUUCAGUUUCUUAUCAAAUCUUAGCAACUCGUUUAGCCUUAAGUCCCCAAAGACUUCAAAGGUUGAACACAAAACACAAUGGGAUGGCCGUAAAGUAGGCCUUGGCCUUGUCAGGUUGCUCUUAGACGAAACCCAACAAAAUGACGAAGUUCUUAAAUCCCCCAAGAGGAAGAAUGUGAUCUUUGGAUCACAGAUCAAAAUUGGUGAUGAUUCCUUGAGAUCCAUUUCUUUGCCUAAAAACUACGUUAUCUCACUACCAUCUCAAACUGGGGAAGAGGAAGUGGUCCCAUUAGAGCCUAUGGAAUUUGAUGAGCCUUCUUCUCUAAGUAGCUUGACAAGAAUACCGAGUUUUGGUUUGAGAAAAGCAUGUCUGUCAGCAACUAGGUCCAGUUCUAUACCAAGUUUGCCUGUGGUUAUGAGCAAAAGUUUGAAGAAGCACCAUUCAUUGGACAUCAAGCCAAGUUCUAUACCAAUACCGAUCAGUUCGCAUGAGAUUGAGCUUUCUGAAGACUAUACUUGUAUAAUUUCCCAUGGUCCAUGCCCUAAAACAACUCAUAUCUUUGGUGACUGCAUUUUACCAUGUCAUGCUAGUAGUGAGUUGACCAAUUUUGACCAGAGUAAGACUACUAUUGGGUUUGAAAUGCCUCCUGAAGAGGCUAAGUGCCCUGAGGAAGGUUCACCCUCUGAAGAGUUUUUGAGUUGCUGUUACUCGUGCAAGAAAAAGCUGGACAAUGGAGAUCACAUCUAUAUGUUCAGAGGUGAUAAAGCAUUUUGCAGUUUUGAUUGCCGUUCGGAGGAAAUUCUUGGCGAGGAUGAUAGCGACAGACUUGAUGAUAACUCCUCACAACAAGAUUCUGUUUUUUCCAGCAAUGGGUGAUCAGUAAGCAUCUCAAUCUUACCGUCGCGAGUUUUUUAGCAGACAAUGCGAGUUUUGCGGCAGCAUGCUGAUGUUUUUGAGAACUUUCAGCAGAUGGGUUGGAGAAGUGGCUUUGAAAAGCCCUCUCUCGUCACUCUGCAUUGUUUUUGGCUCUAUAAUUUGAUGUGCCAUGUAGUUGCUGUUUUGUGGGAAGUCUUGAAGUGCAUCCUCAAUGAAUCCAAGUGGGAUUUUGUUUGGGGAACACUUGUUUUUGCAGUAUCUUUGAGAACAUUGAAUAAUGAGAAUCAUGUAAUGAGAUAUGAAUAUACCAAUGAUUUUAGGUCUGUGUUGGACGUGGAAACGAGGGUUGGAGAAAGGCAUUUUGAUCCAAGGGGACGAAUUCUGAUGUAGCUGACUACCAACUCUGUUUUACUACUACUUUUUAUUCUCUCCUGCCCACUUUGCUUUAUUAGUUUAUCUACGGCUACCCAAUUUUGUGUGAGAGGAGGAGCAGCUUAAACAAUUUUCUCAACGACUCCCCAAUGAGUGAUGGACUAAUGGGCUAACAAUAAUUUCUUUCUCUAUUCUAAGUAUUUAAUUUUCUUUGAGCCUUUUCAUUCUCCAUUGAAAGCAUUAAAGGGUCUGUUAUGGUAGUAAUGUUAGGACAAUAUAUUUAUUAAUCAGCUAUUGUAAAAUUGUAGUGAAGGUUAUUCCGGGAAAAAAUUGUUGGUGGGAUAUUUUGUACUAAGAAUCAAGAUUCAACCAUUUCAUAACAUUAAAAUCAACCUACAGUUUAGUAGCGAUACCUGAUAAACUUGUUCAAUAACUCCCAACUUUCAAACCGCCUGCCUGCAAUUAUGUUUACUGGCGAUCCAGGUUUGGUUGGACAAAGAUGCUGCUUGCUGCUGGGGACAGCCAUUAUAUUCUGUGUUGAGGAGACCAAAAGUAUGUGAGUGGAAAAAUUCGUUCAAAAACGAAAAGAAAUCGCCAAGGAAGAAAGUGAUGAUGAUUCAUCAAAGUGGUCUCCACUUCUAUAUAAUAAAUAGUACCGUAUUAUUAUCAUUAUUAUUGCGAAUCAGUGGCCAAGUAUAGUAAAUAACAUGGUCCAUGAAACCGUACCGGAGAUUGUACUGGGAGAGUCAACGUUAGGAUAUUUUAUGGUAAAAUCGUGGUUUAAUCGUAGUUCAACCGUUAGGCCGUUAAAUACCGACUACCUAUUUAGCCUUCAAGACUGAUAUUUUGUAGUUGAACCGCCGGUACGGUACGGUUUCAUGGACAAUGGUACUAAAUAACACAUGGAGAUCAAAUCAUGAACCACACUUUAACUUGUAAUCUUACGAUCGCUCUUUUGACUUUUGCCCUCUCAACAAAAUUUCUUCCUUUGAAGAAUACUACGCAGAGAGGAAAGAAUAAGAAGAUGGGUGACGAUUAGGAAAUCCAGGUCUUGAAAGCAUAAAGCUAAUGGAGAAGCCAUCGUUUAAGUAAAAAGAGUUCACAAAUUUGCCCUAUAAAAUUUACAGGUUAAC